AUUACUUACAGUGGUGUGAUUGGCUGUGAUAUUUGUCAAUUGAUUUCUCCCACCGGUGUGGAAUCCAUUGUCAAAAUGGGUAAGUUGUUUUGAAUUUGUGGCUGUGUUACCUAGAGGAAAUCGGGUCAAGUGGAAUGUUUGAAAAACAGUGGCCAAAGUGUGUAUGAAUACCGGUGUACUGCAGUCUCAACACAAGACAGAGAAGUCCCUCAACCACCCACGGAUACCAAAAGGACCAUCAACUAACUUGGGGCUCAUCUAUUGCAUGUAAAAUCGCGCGUUGGAGAGCGUCUCUUUAUGGGAAAAUGUAAGAGUUCUGAUUUUGUUCAUAGGCUGUCAUAUCAAUUCCAACUGAUUUCAACAGGACUUUUAAAUAGGCUAUAAACUUCCUAACAAAACCAAAAAUGAAGGCCUUCAGUGUUGCAGUUGCAGUGGUACUCGUCCUUGCAUGUAUGUUCAUCCUUGAAAGCACCACUGUUCCUUUCUCCGAGUUAGUGCUAACGGAGGAGGUUGGAAGCAUUGACAGUCCAGUUGGGGAACAUCAACAGCCGGGCGGCGAGUCCAUGUGUCUGCCGGAGCAUUUCAGGUUCAAGCGUCAGAGCCACCUCUCCCUGUGCCGUUGGUGCUGCAACUGCUGUCACAACAAGGGCUGUGGCUUCUGCUGCAAAUUCUGAGGACCUGCCUGCAAUAAAACCAUCUUAUUAACUUAUUGCCUUUAAUUUCCCCCUAUUCUUCUACAUUUCCUUUGGACUCUGUGGAGGAGAUGCUAUCUCAUUGGUGUCUUUCUCACU